AUGAAGUCGAUCGUCUUCGCCAGCCUCCUGGCCGUCGCCUUGGCCACCCCAGGCCUCCUCUCCGGCAUCAUCUCCAACCCGUUGUCCAGGUGGCAAGCCGCUUCCAUCAAGGGGAGACUGACUUGCAACGGCGAGCCGGCGGCCAACAUCCGGCUCAAGCUGUAUGAUGUGGAUAGCUUGCCCGACACCGACGACCUGAUGAAGGAGGGCUUCACAGGAACCGAUGGCACCUUCACGAUUGCCGGCAAAGAAAAGGAGUGGACCAUCAUCGACCCGAAGCUGAACAUCUACCAUCGAUGUGGACAUGACGGAAAAUGCCCCAUCAAGGUCGAGAUCAUGAUCCCCAAGAAUUUUGUGAAUGAUGGAGAGGUUGCCGAAAAAACGUUCGACUUGGGCGAAUCAACUUGGCCUCGCGAUUCCGGAAUGACGAAGACGAAAUCCGAGUACGGCUUCUCGGAUGCUGUAGCCAAAAUCCGGGCCCAUAGGACGGAUUUUCAGCUAAACCUCGACAAAAUGCUGGCCUCGGUGAGCAAGUCGUUGACCGUGGAAAGGGAGGCUCCGGUGGCAAUGUUUAAUGAGCCCCUACACAAAUUAUGGCCCGAGCCGGACGAGCCGAAACGACCCCGACGCAGCCACUCUUCGCUUCCGGUCGAGGAUAAACCUCAACAAACCGCUGAAAUGUCCUGCUGGUCUUCCCCGGCAAAUAUUCUCCUUGAGGAUCAGGACAUCUCAUCGCCCGAAGGCUCGGCCUACUGCUGGAGUGCCCCGGAAUUUUUGGUGGAUGGGGAUAGUGAUACGAGUGAGGGCUACGAACGGCGGCGUACGGUGUAUGGGCGGAAACCGGAGACGGUGUUUGCCAGAUCGUAUCCGCAGAUUGAUAGUCCGGAUCAGGAUUCUGAGGGCGAAUCGCGAGUCCGCUGUGUAUCCCCCAGUUGCCAACGAGGAGACCCUAGCGACAGUGAGGACGAGGAGGAGCAUCAAGCUCAAGCCGAAGUGUGGCCCGAGGAGGAGAUGCUGUACCGAGGGGAGCGCGUCGGGUGGAACAUGAAUGGGGCGGCGUUCAGGAUACCCAGGUCUCGGAGCGUCUACCAGGAGCUCCGGUCAUACACCGCCAUGCCUCACUCGAGAUCGGCUUUUGAGCAUUUGGCGGCGAACUACCCGGAUGAGCGCGACGAAAGCCCGUAUGGCGAGGGCUCCUCCCAGUCCCACAUGGAUUCCGAUGAGCGUUGUGCGUUCGAUUCGAGGUCCCAGUGGAUCCGGACGGCUUCCGGAAACAGCCAAUAUCAGAUCUGGAAAAUGGGCGCCGAAGAAUCGCCCCACCAUCUUGGGCCCCAACCUGAAAUUCGGCGCUCAGCUACCGUAGCCGAGGGAUUCCGCCAUGUCAACGGCUAUUCCCAGAAUAAUCAGCAGCGGCGCCGGCUGCCGAAACGGCCCGAGUUCGAGCACGUACGCCAGGAUACUAACUACGGCACCAUCCCAACUUCUGUCUCGAUGUACGGCCGUAUGAUGGGCGACUACCACCCCGAGUACGAUUGCUCCAUUCGGCAUCUACCCACCUCGGACAGCCAUGAUCUGCUCCUGACCGCGCCAAGAUUCGCGCGUCCGUCCGACUACCAGCUGACGUCGAACGGGUACUCGGAUAUGGAGAACGAUCCGCCGAGAGCGCCUUCGAGACAAGAACGCCCGUCCGAUCUGCAACUCCGGGCGGCCAGCCGUACCCAAAACUCGGCCCGCAGCCCGCUGAACCCAAUCUCCCCUGCCGACGACCCGUAUGCGGAUAUCGCGACCCCGAUGUCGCCGCCUUUGAGGAUGCUUCCCCCGGCGCACCAUUCGUCGGGCGGUCGUCGUUUGCCACAACUCCCUGUGGCCCUACUUCGUGAUUUGCCACCAACAAUAAUGGGAACCCAUAAUGGGCAACAGUCCCUGCUAGGGCACCUCCAUGGGCCAACAACAACCCCGGCCGCUGCUGCCAACAAUGAUCAUCGGCUGUGUUUUGGAAUGGACGCGUCGAUGAUGGGGCGAAGUGCCCUCGAGGACUCUUAUUAUGAAGAGGACGGGAUGAAUGGCAAUAGCGGCUAUCCGUCAACCAGGAAAAAUAGGAAAUCAUUUUUCUCGCCUGAAGAUUCCUCUGGCGUCUCCUCGUGCGCCGGAAGCGAAUCCCAAAAUCCGACCCACCGGGUUCAAACGGCUUUCUACCCCCGGCACAGUGAUGAGCUUCUCCUCGAGAUGGGCGACGCAGUGCAUGUGGACCGGACGUGUGAGGACAAUUGGUGUUACGGCACAAACCUCCGAACCGGCCAGCACGGAAUUUUCCCCUCCUCCGUGGUGUGUGAGAUCGAUCUGGUGGAUGAGAUCUGCCAAGGCGCCCUACCCAGCAAUGCACAAAAGGUGCUGCAAGAAGAGCGUGACACCUUCUAUUUAACGCUGCUCGGCUCGAUUGAAGUUGGGCAUCACAAGGGGAAUGACGUCUUGAUACAGGCUAUUAAUAAGGUACUGGGGAUGUACAGUAAUCGAGACGAGGUGCUAGUCCCUCAAACGGUCCUCCUCGAGGUCUCCUUCCGCGGCGUCCACGUCAUCGACAAGAAAAAGAAGAAUUUCUUCCAAUGCCCGACAUUCGACUUCUUCUACAGCCUUCAGAAUAUCUCAUUUUGCGGGUCCCAUCCAAAACAGCUGAAGUACUUUGGCUUCAUCACGAAGCAUCCGCUUUUGCCCCGAUUCGCGUGCCACGUGUUCGUCUCCAACGAGUCGACCCAGCAAAUCGUCGAGUCGAUCGGCCGAGCCUUCAAGCGCUCCUACGACGAGUACAUGGCUUUCGCCCACCCCACCGAGGAUAUUUAUCUGGAA